UAACCUAUAACACAACGACAACAUAAUUUUUGUUAUAAUUUUUUUUUGUGCCUCCAAUUAAUAUCGUUUAACUUUCCUUUCAACGAUGGUCGAAGAUACAUCAAAUACAAGCAACAAAUCAAAAGUUAGAACCAAUAGGCCUAUAUCUAUUUACGCUUGGAGCGCGGCUGAUGUGCGAAAAUGGUUCGCAAGACAUUGCGCGGACUAUCAGAAAUAUCUCGGAAUGUUCGCACAACAUGAAAUAACCGGCCGGAGUUUAUUGAGGAUCACAGAAAAUACCUUACUCCGUAUCGGCAUUAUUGACUCGGAUGAUCGCAACGCAAUUUGGAGAGAGAUUUUAAAGCUGAAGCUUAAAACCGAUAUCGUCGAAAUUAAAGAUAUGGAAAGUAGGAAUUUAAAUUACGAUUAUUCUGUGGAGUUUGUUUAAAUAUAACAAAAAUGAAUUUAAUUUGAGGUUA